AUGACGUUCGCACGUAGAUGUGGUGUUGUUUCGUUGAUGUUGUAUUUCAUAUCAUGGUUGCAGUUUAGUGUAUGCGGUAGAUCUUUGACGUCAUGCUGGCCUUGGAAUAAAAAACAUUUCGCAAAACAAUGUCAACAUGCCCGCUCCAGUGUCACCGCGAGCGUCAAUGAUAGGUAUUAUCCACGGUACCAUCUGGCCCCGACGCACGGAUGGAUGAACGAUCCAAACGGAUUCAGUGUGUUCAACGGCGAAUACCAUUUGUACUACCAAUACAACCCCAAUAGCAGUCUGGAGCCUGGCAUAGCUCACUGGGGUCAUGCGAAAAGUAAAGAUAUGUUUCAUUGGGAGCAUCUACCCAUCGCCAUGUACCCAGAUGAAUGGUACGACAAAACCGGCGUGUUCUCGGGCAGUGCCAUCGUUGAGGACGACAAAAUAUAUCUCUUCUACACGGGUAAUGUCAACUUUCCCGGACAAACUCCCGAUCACAUGCAACACCAAGUUCUUGCAAAAUCUCUUCUGUUAGAGGACGUUCUUUAUACUCUGGAAAGGCACGAGCCGGUACAAUCGUUACAAUUGAAGAUAAAUCUGGCGAAA